UUAGGAACCGAGACACCGCUGCUCUGUCUCGCGAUCUGUGGGCGGGAUGAUAUGCUGCCCCUGUAACCUGGCCACACCUCCGGGAUCACUCAACAGCUCCGCCUCCUCGCCGCUGAUUGGCCACCGGAACUGUAGCUCAGGAGAGGCACACAGGCGGCCAAUCACCGGCGAGGAGGUGGAGCUUGGAGAGGAGGAGCCGAGCGGCAGAGCGCGCAGAUCGAAGAAGAUCGAGGGAGCUGCAGGACCGAGUAGUGAAGAGGAGAGCGGCCAGAGAAGGAAGACAGCUGACAGGGAGGGAGAGAGCGAGCCCAGGCUGGAGCAGGGGUCAGCAAGGUAAGUAUCAU